UAGGAAGCUAGGGCGGAGGAGAAAAACAAAACCCACUCCUUUAAGAAAGAUUCCGCCUCCCCUCUGAGCAGCAAGCGCCUAAUGGUAAUUGUGGAGUCUCCACCAAGUCACACACUUUACUACUCAGCACUGGGAGAAACUGCUUCUGCGGCUGCGGCUGCUGCUGCCUCCGCCACCGCCGCCGCCGCCGCCACCGGUCAGAGGCUGCAGUGGGUUUCUGUGCAGCACUGCAGAAUCCACACCUCCAGAACAGCGAAGACCCACAUCACCUACCACCCUGGAACACCAGAAAGCCUUCGAUCCUCAGAAGAUAACAAGAGGAAUCAGCAGAAUUGAAGCAUGAGUGCAGAUGCCAGCCAAAGUGUGAUCACUACUCCUCCUCCUCCCAGCAUGCCUCACAAAGAGAGGUAUUUUGACCGCAUCAAUGAAAAUGACCCAGAAUACAUUCGGGAGCGGAACAUGUCUCCUGACCUGCGACAAGAUUUCAAUAUGAUGGAGCAGAGAAAACGAGUUACUCAAAUCUUGCAAAGUCCUGCCUUUCGGGAAGACCUGGAAUGCCUUAUUCAAGAACAGAUGAAGAAAGGCCACAACCCAACUGGAUUAUUAGCAUUACAACAGAUUGCAGAUUACAUCAUGGCCAAUUCUUUUUCAGGCCUUACUUCAUCUCCCCUCAGUCUUGGCAUGGUCACACCUAUCAAUGACCUUCCUGGGGCAGAUACAUCCUCAUACGUGAAGGGAGAAAAACUUACUCGCUGUAAACUUGCCAGCCUCUACAGGCUUGCGGAUUUGUUUGGAUGGGCACACCUGGCAAAUACAUAUAUCUCAGUAAGAAUAAGUAAGGAACAAGAUCACAUUAUAAUAAUUCCCAGAGGUCUCUCAUUUUCUGAAGCCACAGCCUCCAAUUUGGUGAAAGUCAACAUAAUUGGAGAAGUGGUUGAUCAGGGAAGUACUAAUUUGAAAAUUGACCAUACAGGAUUCAGUCCUCACGCAGCAAUCUAUUCAACACGUCCUGAUGUUAAGUGUGUGAUACACAUCCAUACCCUCGCCACAGCAGCUGUAUCAUCCAUGAAGUGUGGGAUCCUUCCAAUAUCCCAGGAGUCUCUAAUCCUGGGUGAUAUUGCCUAUUAUGACUACCAAGGAUCACUUGAUGAACAGGAGGAGAGAAUUCAACUACAAAAAGUUUUGGGCCCAAGUUGUAAGGUGCUGGUACUCAGAAAUCACGGUGUGGUAGCACUUGGAGAAACAAUUGAGGAGGCUUUUCAUUAUAUUUUUAGUGCGCAGAUUGCCUGUGAGAUUCAGGUGCGAGCGUUAGCAGGGGCAGGUGGAGUAGACAAUCUACUUGUACUGGAUCUUCAGAAGUUUAAAGUUUUCACUCACGAUGUAGCAGCAUCUGGAGGAGGUGGUGUGAAUUUGGGUUCUCAUCAAAAAUGGAAGGUUGGCGAGAUUGAGUUUGAAGGACUAAUGAGGACCUUGGACAAUUUGGGGUAUAGAACAGGCUAUGCUUAUAGGCAUCCUCUUAUUCGAGAAAAGCCCAGACACAAGAGUGAUGUGGAAAUCCCAGCAACUGUGACUGCCUUCUCCUUUGAAGACGAUACAGUGCCACUCUCUCCCCUCAAAUACAUGGCACAGAGACAGCAGCGUGAAAAAACAAGAUGGCUGAACUCACCAAAUACAUACAUGAAAGUGAAUGUCCCUGAGGAAUCUCGAAAUGGGGAAACCAGUCCCAGAACCAAAAUCACAUGGAUGAAAGCAGAGGACUCUUCUAAAGUUAGUAGUGGAACACCCAUCAAAAUAGAAGAUCCAAAUCAAUUUGUUCCUUUAAACACAAACCCGAAUGAAGUACUAGAAAAGAGAAAUAAGAUUCGAGAACAAAACCGAUAUGACUUGAAAACAGCAGGACCACAAUCUCAGUUGCUUGCUGGAAUUGUUGUGGAUAAGCCUCCUUCUACCAUGCAGUUUGAAGAUGAUGAUCAAGCCCCACCUGCUCCUCCAAACCCCUUCAGUCAUCUCACAGAAAGAGAACUUGAAGAGUAUAAGAAGACAAUCGAACGGAAACAGCAAGGCCUGGAAGAUGCUGAGCAGGAAUUACUCUCAGAUGACGCUUCAUCUGUUUCACAAAUUCAGUCUCAAACUCAAUCACCGCAAAAUAUCCCUGAAAAAUUAGAAGAAAACCAUGAGCUGUUUUCCAAGAGCUUCAUGUCCAUGGAAGUGCCUGUCAUGGUCGUGAAUGGCAAGGAUGAUAUGCACGAUGUUGAAAAUGACCUUGCUAAACGAGUGAGUAGGUUAACUACAAGCACGACCAUUGAAAACAUCGAGAUUACCAUUAAGUCUCCAGAAAAAAUUGAAGAAGUCCUGUCACCUGAAGGCUCACCUUCAAAAUCACCAUCCAAGAAAAAGAAGAAAUUUCGCACUCCUUCUUUUCUGAAAAAGAACAAAAAAAAGGAAAAAGUUGAAGCCUAAAGAUCUUUUUUUAAUAAUUAUUAUUACAGUGUGACAUUGCACAUUUAAAAACCACAUUUAAGUUGAUCGUUAACAUACAGUGGUAGAUCAGAUUGGGGGUAUGUAGCAAACUGGACUUUUAAGAACUGGAAAACGUUUUACUUUUUAAAAAACAUUAUGAAAAAUACUUUAAAAUUCAUCUCUAAUUUUAUAUGUCCAAAAUGGCUUUGAAUUUUUAAACAAUGAUUAUUUUAAUUUGCUCUCCCUCAUAAAGUAUAUUUAUAACUCACCACAAACAGAUAUCUGUCUGAAUUACUUAAGCCUUCUCCAUAAUAUUUGUUGGGAAAAAAAUUACUGGUGAACAAGUGAGAGAAUUUUUAUUUCUUGAUACUUCUUCACCUGGUAAUCAGAUUAUAAUUUUUUAUCAUGAUUAUGGACUUUACCUUUUAGAGUCCCAUUGUCUCAAUGGGCAUUAACAGAAUGCUUUAAAAGCUUCUAAGAUAAGAAUCUAUAUCAUUAGUAUACACUGGCACAUAAUUUUUUAAAAAAUUUUAAGAAAAAAAUAAUUUGGAAUUUUAUUCAUAGUAUAAAAUUUCUUCACAUGAAGUAAUUUUUUUUGCCAAAAAAAGGUCAUUUUUAGUAAACUAUAAUUUUUGAAAACUUCCUUUUAUAUUAGUUUAGAAAGCCCCUUAUUUUUCAACAAAGGGGAUUUUGUACACAUAACAUGGGUUAUUUAGUUUAACUCUGGAAAAAAAGAUUUUUGUAUGUUGAGAUGUUUGUAUACCAUUCAGUAUAAAAAAAAUGUCAUAAGCAUAUUAGCCAAUCAUUUAACAGUAGAGCAUAUUUGAGGCUGCUUGGUACUAAGUAUACUUAAAUAUAUUUCAAGAAUCCAGGAACUUGGUAUCAAGGGGGGUUAGCGCAUUUAAAGGUUUCACUGGAUUCGUAUUUGAAUCUUAAAAGUGUAUUUUCUCAUAGUAUUGCUAACAUGAAGAAGCUCUAAUGAGGUAACUAAACAAAGAAAAGAAUAAGUAGGUGAAAAGAUGAAGGAACAAAAGUAUCGUGGCAAGAAUUUUGUCUUGGUAAUGACUCAUAUUUACAAUAGUUUCUAAAAUAUAAAUUGUUCAGAAAUGUCCCAAAUUUCUAAAAUUCUCCUUCUCUGUAUUUUUUCAUUGCUACUGACUUUUAAAUGAAUCGGUUAUCUUUACAUACGAGUAUUUAGAGGGCAGCACUAAAAGAGAUCAAUGGUUCUAAAACCCCCUCCCCCCAGUGAGAAAACUACCACUUACUGAUUUUUACAAUUUUUUAUUCUGUUUCAGUAAACUUUCUAAUGUAAAUACAAAUUAAAACUAGGCUUAAUAUAGUUUUUCCCCUGUUCACCCAAGUGAUGUGACAAAUCAGUGUAAAAUCAAUGAUCCAAAAUGGUCAGUGGGUAAAAAUAAUCCAAAGUGUUUCUGGAGGGUGAGUUGGCAUGUUAAAAAAAAAAUCACAUUGAUUACAGUGUGUUCUGGGUUUGGUUCUGUUUGUUAUGUGUAUGAUGAUGCAAAGUUGAAACAGCCUGGAAAUUUCUUUUUUGAUCUCACUAACUACUGGAAUCAGUGUUUUAAUCUUUUAGUGGAAACUUUCAUUUGCUUAAUUCUGUAUUUGAGGGUUUUUUCUAUGUUCUACAUCAUUUAUGUUGUAUUACAACGUAUGUGAAAACAGUAACCUGUGAACUAUGCUUUUCCAUAACUUUUUAAAUAUAUAUAUCUUAAAUGAAUGCAAUGUGCAUAAUAUUUUUUAAACGCAACAGUGAACUAUUUGCACCUUUUGCUAAUGCCUCUAUUUACUUGCUUUGGCAUAAAGAAUGAGCCAAUGAACCUCUUGUGUCCUGUGGAAAUGUAUAAAUGUUAUCUGAUAUUGCUCUUAGAUGUAAUGCUAAUUAAUGUUAAAUCACAAAUAAACAGUAUUUUAAAUAGA